AUGACGUUACAAGCAUGGAGCUUUCCAUCAGGAGUGCUCAGCGUCCUGUCCGCAAUCCUUCUUCUUCUCCUUUCCAAAGAAUCCGAUUCCUUUCUUCUUCCGGCAUUGCAUCCACAAAAAUUGAAUACUAAUCAUUGGACAUUGUCUCACAAUUCUCUUACCACCAAGACGUUGUUACAGUCCAAAGACGGAAGGAUAUCGUCGUCUUCUGAAUUGUACUACAACAAGGCCUUUGGCAACAAUGAAGACGAACAUCAGCAACAACAACAACAACAACAUGACAUGCAGCAAGAGUUGCAACAACAAGAGUUGCAACAACAAGAGUUGCAACAACAACAGCAACAGGAAAACCCCAUUCCUGUCAACGAACAAACGCGCAUGUACCUGGUCCGCAAACUCCAACACUUGUAUUAUCAAAACGAAACCACCGGACUGGCCGAUCACGAUCACUUUGGGAUUUAUCAGAACAUGCCCAUUUUGAGAUCUACUCGCGUCGAAUUGCCCGGCUUUCAAUCGCUGUGGAACAUUACGGAUCCGCUCGAGAUUCACAUGUUUCUCAAAGUGUGCAAUUCCGAAUCCAAUCAUUACUUUGGACAUUUGCACAUGGCCGACGAAUACUCCUCCAAAGAGAUUCGAGACUUUACGUCGUCUCCCGGCAUGACGACCUUUACCGACCAACCUAAUGGCCAAGAAGAAGAGCAGAGUCAAGCUGAGAAGACCAAGGCAGCCGAAGAAGCCUUUCGGGCUCAUUUGAAAAAGCAACAGGAAUACGAUUUCUAUUCCCGCAAUCGGUACAAGAUUGGUACCCUCAUGCAAGUCUCGGAUUGUCAUCAAGAUGAAACCACGGGACACUUGUUGGUGUUGGUCCAAGCCUUGGCACGCUUUGUCGUCGUGGAAGGAUCCAUGGAACAAUGGAAUUGGUUGUCGCUCGAUCAAUUUCAGCAGCAGCCAUUGAGUAAGGAAGAAAUUAUACUCCGCAGCCAUGGAUACAAACCUACGGUGCAACGAGCCUCGGUCGAACUCUUGCCGGACGAAGAAUUCGUCCAAUACUUUACCCAAAAGGCCAAAGAGACGGCCGACAAUUUUGAUUUCAGCCUCAAUCGUGACGUCCAAGGUGCGGCCUGUGCGGGUGCCAUUGCCGAAGCCUCCGAAUGGCGAUUCGUGGAAUUCGAACCCAAACGGAUUCCCAUGCCCGGACAACUUUUGGAUCCCGUGGCCAGCAUGAUGUCCCAAUUGGCAUCGGUACAAGUCCAACAAAAGGUCAAGAGUACCAUGGAAGAAUACCUUAGUCAACCACCUUUGGAAAUGCAUCAUGGCGAAUGCAGUUUGUACUCUACCAAUGACGAUGGUAGCAGUAUGAUUGAGGAGGAUCAUGAUUACCAUUACAAGGACGAUUCCUCGAAUGACAAUACGGCAGUCAUGGCCAGUCUGUUGGCCCAACAACACGUUCUCGAUGUCGAACGUAGAGUGUGGUUGGAAUUGGACAAACUCGUCAAGAAUUUGCGCCUGCUCAAUCCACGUUCCAAUACUCAAAUCCCCGUUCCCAAUCAGGUGUUGAGCCUCAUUCCCACCUUUUCCGAUUGGCCCGAAGACUUUGGAUUGGCGCUCUAUGUGAGACAAUUGGUACGCGCCCAUGGAGUCUUGGCCCGCAACAAGUACAAAUUUUCGAAUGGAUUUCAAUUGGUCCCACCCGAUUAUCCACCCUUGCGCCGAGCUCGUCGAUUGUCGUACAUUUUGUGGAAUGUCUUUUUGGAACAGGAUACCAUGGACGUUCCCUCGGGGGAAAUGCAACGUGUUUUAGAAGUACAUUCGAUUGCCAGUCGAUUGGAAGCGGGAUUGCUGCAAUUGCAAACCAUUAAUCGUAUCUUGCAAACAUUGAUUGCUGGGAGUUGA